CCCGCCUCUCUCCCUCCCCUUUUCUUGAUCUAUUCCCCUCCCUUCCCGUCUCUCUCCAUCUCUCACACACACACACACAAGAGCCCUCUCUCCCUCCAACAGUCAGCCGUGAGUGGGGUGUGCCGGUGCUAAGAAGCGGGCAGAGCUGGCAGCGCAGGAAGCCCAGACUCAGCCGUGCUGUGGUGUCCGCGCGGCAGACAGACCAGAGCAGAGGGAGAGCAGGGGGCCACAGGGGGCCACAGGGGGCAGGACGGAGCAGCCAGGACAGAGAUCAUGACCCAGGAGCGCGUCCAGACAGGCAGUUGUCGGCCAGUCGGACCCCGAGGUACCCAGCUUCCACUGCAGCAGCAGCUGUGAUCAGCCAUCCAGCACACACCGCAAGGAGCGUAUUUCAGCAGCUGCAGAAGAAAACAAACAAACAGACAAGACAAGAACAAAGAGGCGCCUCAGAAGCCGGAAAACGGAACCGUCAGGGGUGACGGCCAUGACGAUCUCCGUGCACAACAUCUCGUCCACCUCGGCCAGGGUGAGCUGGCCAGCCGCCCCCGGCUGCCUGGACACCUUCUACAGCGUCAUGUACCACCCCAACUGGAACAGCCUGCUCAUGGGCUACACCCGCAAGAACUUCCUGAGGGAGGAGCGCAUCCCCGUGACCAAGACCAGCGCCAGCCUGCUCAACCUGGCCCCGCAGACCACCUACAUCCUGUGCGUGACCUGCCAGGCCGCCAACCCGGUCCGGGACCAGUGCCAGGUGUUCAGCACCCCGGGGGAGGGGGGGGAGAGGCAGGACGGCUCCGGGUGGGAGAUGGCGAUGGGGGUGUGGAUGGCCAGCAGUAUCCUUCUCCUGGUCAUCGCCGGGGUCCUCCUCUGGGGGUGUCUCCACUCCAUAUGCCCCUUCCCCCAGGCGUCCGGCGAGGACUAUCCCUGCUCCAGCGCCCUGCCCCAGGGGACCCAGGGCAGCCCAGGGUGCCUGUACACCCCCAGCAGCAGCGAGGAGGACUCCAAGCAGGUCACCGUCUUGGAGAACCCCCUCCACUCGGCCCUGACGCCCGGACACAGACACGCCCGGGGUCACGAGCUGAGGACGCUGACCCCGCGAACCGAGGGACAGCCCGUCUGACGCCGGCCCCUCCCUUCUGGCGCCGUACCCGGUUUUGAGAAUGUGUGCGAUGUGCAGAAUUGGAAGCGGUGAAAGUGUUUUUUCGAAAACUCCUAACCGACUGUUAAGAAUCUGUCACAAAUCCAUUUGAAACCAUUAAGGAAGAAUCUGUCACAAAUCGGUUUUAAUGGUUGUGGUGUUGUGCUGUCUCUGCGAGGGACUGCAGAGUUUUGCCGGGUUUA